AUGACUAGCACGAUUACCACAGAGAAAAAUGCCCCGAGAAGCCCCAUCAAAGUCAUAAUUGUAGGUGCUGGGUUCGGGGGCCUCACUGCGGCUGUGGAGUGCCACCGACUAGGCCUUGAUGUCGAGAUUUACGAGGCAUUUGCAGAGCUGAAGGUGGUUGUGGCGACACAACCCGCAACCAAGGGACUGGAAGAUGCCCCUGUAUUGAAUGGCCACCGAGGAGAACUGCACGAAAUCGUGUUCAAGUAUGUAAGGGAUGAGCUUCGGAUUCCUAUUCAUCUAGGGAAGCGGAUCACGCAGUAUUUCGAGAACAAAGAUGAGGCUGGCAUUGAGCUGGAAACAAAAGAAAAGGUUGGGUUGAUCCAUGCUCAAAGAUCAGGACUAUUAACAUGUUGGCAAGAUUUUCUGCGAUUGUGUUAUUGGGGCCGAUGGUGUCCGCUCAAAAAAGCUCGUGAGCUUGUGAUAGGAUACGAGGAUAAACCUAAAAGCAGCGGCUAUGCUAUAUGGAGAGCCUGGUUUCCAAGUAUCGAAUUAGCCCGUGAUCAUCGCACAGCCCAGUUCUGUGUUGAUGGAGACACGUUCAACGGAUGGAUCGGACCCGAUGUACAUUUUCUAUUCUCUACACUCAAGGGAGGCGAAUAUUGCAGUUGGGUUCUCACCCAUAAAGACACGUACGAUAUUGAAGAGUCUUGGUCGCUUCCGGGUAGAGUCGAAGAUGUUCUCGAAGUGCUUGCUGAUUGGGACCCGGUCUGUAGGGCCAUCGUGGAGAAAACACCUUCAGUCGUUGACUGGAAGCUCGUUUAUCGGGAGCCCCUGCCACAUUGGGUGAGCGAUGGUGGCAGAAUUGCAUUGAUUGGAGAUGCAGCUCAUCCUUUCCUUCCUACCAGUAUACAAGGUGCCUCGCAGGCUAUGGAAGAUGGGGUAAUUAUUGCUGUGUGUCUUGAAAAGGCUGGGAAGGACAGAGUGAAGCAAUCUAUCCGCGCCUAUCAGGAUAUCCGAUAUGAACGAGUCAAAGAGGUACAGAAGACGGGAGUCAACACGGGAACGGUGGCAUAA